AUGCUGGUAGAAAACUUCGACGAGAACAUCUGCAUCUGUCCACUCGGCACCGAUCCAUCGGACUAUGAACCAAUUGCCGUUCGGGAGUUCGUAGACGAGUUCAAUCUCAUCAUUGCAGAUGAAGACGUGAAUGUCACCGUCACACCAGUCGUUCGACUUGUCGAGAUUGAACCGAGGACUGUAGCCAACUAUACGGCAGCGCCAUCGCGUUCUCCCACGGACCAGCCGUCGUCUAACGCCUCGUUAUCACCGACGAGCUCACCAACGGAAGCCGCUCCUGAACCGACGCCGGCGCCAACGAUCGAGCCGACUGAAGAACCCACUAUGGAGCGAACUGCGGAGCCGACAGGAGAACCCACAGUUGCCCCUACUGAUGAGCCAACCAGCAGUCCUACUGGUCUUCCAACAGCCUCACCAACACCUAAUCCCAGCCCAGAACCAACGAUCUCACCAUCGGGCAUUCCAUCCACAGUGCCAUCUUUUGCACCCAGUUCUGGACCAACGAUUGAACCUACUCCGGAACCAACACUAAAUCCGACCACGGAUCCUACCAAGAACCCCUCGUCUCAACCCACAACUGCAGCUCCAUCAUCAUUGCCUUCAAUAUCGCCAACAAACGUCCCAACAACCUUUGUGUGUGACCAGGAUAUGAUUACGGUGGAAGCCUACUACUAUGUGCUCUACACUGGAAACACAUCUGCCGUGUCCGAUGCUGACCUGGAUUCUGCUUUUCUGGCUGCUGACCGGGCAAUGGGUAAGACUGGGUGCUCCUCGGUGGUUGGGAGUGCCUCAGUAAAGCGUCGAAUUAGUAGGAGAAGACGACGUUUGCAAACGCAAACAGGAACAACAUCGACAGUUGAAUUCUUGGUAUCAUCAUCACAACUGGAUAACACGCCUAUGUAUCAGAGUAUCAGUGCGGCUGAAUCUUUCCUCGGAAACCACAAUCAACAGCAACAGAUGCAAGAUAACAGUGUUGUCGGUGAGUCACUUUGCCAGCACUUUGAUGUCUCUGUGAUUGCUGCGCUUUGCCUAAACUUUCCCCCUGGUUGA